AUAUAUUAAAUAAUUCUCAAAGCUAAGUAUCUGUUAUUCCUUCAUUUCAUUUAGUUAUACAGUCCACUUCAUAUUCAUCAGCUACCACCGUAGCUCACAUUUUGGUCCUUCAUCGGUAGUAAUCAUCCCUAUUUUCUCAAUUUCAUUUUUUUGACAUUUCCGUUUUCUCUCAUUUCGAUUAUUUGUUCGUAAAGGAAACACAUUAUCUACACUCAUUUUAACGCAUUUUCUUUACUUCUUCGAUUUUUUUCACCCAUGUUUACCCGUAGCAAGAGCAAACUCACGCAGGCGGUUGAGCACGCCCCCGCCCCAGCUCCGCAGCAUGCCGAAUCUUCAUCGGCAGCCGACGAUGACCGCGCUCGUAGCGCUCGUAGUGGGUCGUCACGGUCGUCUGCCACCAUCAAGGCACAAAAGGCUGCAGCUGAGGCGCUCGCUCUCCGUCGCCGACUCGAGCGUGAACAAGAGCUUGCCUCACGUGAGCUGGCGCGUCAGCGCGAGCUUGCUACUUUACAACAGCAGGUCGAGGACCGCGAACUGCAGGCGGAACUUGCAGCUAUCGAUGCCGAGGCAGCUAGUAGCCGUGCGGGCAGCUUUUUAAGUGGUAAAGAAAGCGUAGAACGAACAAGGCAAUGGGUUGAAAAACAAAAGCUUAGAGAACCCGGCUGUUCGGUACCGCCACCGGCAGCCACGAGGGCAACUUUAUUUCCACCAACGAGUCUCAAAGAGCAACAAUUAAAGGUCAACGCGUCCGAGGCGGUUGGUCAUAUGGCCCCGCUCGUCUCAACGGAACCUGACCCACCAACCGUUCUUCUUCAAGCUGUAGCCGACACAGCGGCAGCCGCAAAGGCUCUGGCCUCUGCCGCCGGCGUUAAAAAGCUAGAGUUGCCACAAUUUUUCGGCAACGCGAUGCAAUGGUUGCAAUUUAAACGUAUUUUCGAUUAUACAAAGAUACAUUUUUCAGCUUUAGACAACAUAACACGACUAGACAACGCACUUCGUGGGCCUGCACGUGAGGCCGUAGCGGCGCUGUUGAUGUCGACGGAGGACCCCGACGAGGUCAUGCGCGCUCUCGAGGAAAACUUUGCGCGCCCCGAACUCAUCGUAUUCAGGGAGGUGAACAACCUGAAAACAUUGCCCAAACUAGGUAAUGAAUUACGUGAGCUAGGAAUCCUCACUAACAAGUCUCCGGCCCUACUGGAACCUGUAACGUGUACGCACUCCUCGACGACGGAAGUACCGCUACACUUAUAGAUUCUAGCAUC